GGCUGGUGUGCGGGUUGCCGCGGGAGAGAGGCACGGAAUAAAAGGGAAGCAAUGCAGAAAUCAGAGUGCCAUGGAGUUGUACAGUUGAGAAACAGAAAGGCAGGUAGCUGUGAUCAAAGGACAUCAUCAAGCAUGCAAAUAAAACAUGGGACUACAGUUCAACAAAGCAACUCCUCAUCUUCAACCAGUUCUCCAGAGACUGCAAGAAAAGUUCAUCCUCGACCAAGUGAUAAACUUAACCCUAAGACCAUUAACCCAUUUGGUGAACAGUCACGAGCUCCUUCUGCAUUUGCAGCCAUUUACUCUAAGGGAGGGAUUCCUUGCAGAUUGGUCCAUGGUUCAGUGAAACACAAAUUACAGUGGGAAUGUCCUCCUGAAAAUCUUCCAUUUGAUCCUCUUCUUAUUACGUUAGCUGAGGGUUUGAGGGAGACUAAACAUCCGUACACCUUUGUGUCAAAGGAGGGUUUUAGAGAAUUGCUGUUGGUCCAAGGAGCUCUUGAGAAAGCUGUACCUUUGCUUCCAAGACUGAUUCCUGUGCUAAAGGCAGCUCUGGUCCACAUGGAUGAUGAAGUGUUUGCAAGAGGACUGAAUGCUCUCGUGCAGCUGAGUGUAGUCGUUGGUCCUUCUCUAAAUGACCAUCUGAAACAUCUGCUUACAAGUCUUUCCAAGAGACUGAGGGAUAAGAAAUUCAAAGAGCCAAUCACCAGUGCAUUACAGAAUCUAGAACAGCAUGGUGGAAAUGGAAGCCUUAUCAUCAUCAAAUCUAAAAUUCCAACAUACUGCUCCAUAUGCUGUUGAAGAAGGGAGCCCACAGAAAUAUUGUUACU